UCUGACCAACCAAAACAGCGUCGUUACUCACUCUCGUGUGUGUGCGUGCAAUUCAUAUAUUGUAUUCGUAUAUCAUACUCUGAAAAAGUUGAAAAAUAUCCAAAUCUGUAAGAAGAAAAAUAGAUAGCAAAACGGUGAGCACAGCACAGUGCUAAUAAUAUAUAUAAUUACCUAAAAUUACGAUUAGGGUUUCAAAUUCGAAUUCUAAACCUACAAUGUCCGAUUACGCCUCUAUUGACAACGAAGAAAGACGCGAACCCGAAUCCGAACCCGGUCGCUCUUCUCCUUUCGAUGCUCGCCAUUCGCAUCACAAGCAAAAUUCGCGUGGAUCAGAUCGUGAGAGGUUGAGGGUUAGAGAGCGAAAUCGGGAUAGGGAAACAGAUGGAGACCGUCAUCACAGGGACUAUAGGGAUAGAAGUAUGAGGGAUGAUAAAGGAAGGGGCAAGUAUGAUGAUUAUGACCGUCAUCAAAGCAGCCAUUAUGACAGGCACCGUUCUUAUGGCGGAGACAGAGAGAGGAGGCAUAGACAUAGAUCACGAUCCUCUUCUAGGGAUGGAUCUAAGAACGAAUCCAGAUCAGACUCUCGUUCUCGUUCUCGAUCAAAAAGCAAACGAACAAGUGGUUUUGACAUGGCACCAUCUAAUGCCGAUGUGCUGCAUGGUGCUGCUGUUCCAGUGCAACCACCAGUUGUUUCUCAAUCAAUGCCAGGAAUCGUACAGAACAUGUUACCUUUUGGGACAUCACAGCUGGGAGCUAUUCCCCUAAUGCCAAUCCAAGCCAUGACCCAGCAGGCUACAAGGCAUGCACGACGGGUAUAUGUUGGUGGGCUUCCUCCAAUUGCAAAUGAGCAGACAAUUGCAACUUUCUUUAGCUCUGUCAUGGCAGCAAUUGGUGGAAAUUCUUCUGGUCAAGGUGAUGCAGUAGUCAAUGUCUACAUUAAUCAUGAGAAGAAGUUUGCAUUUGUGGAGAUGAGAACUGUUGAAGAAGCAAGUAAUGCGAUGGCAUUAGAUGGGAUUAUAUUUGAGGGGGUUGCUGUGAGGGUGCGAAGGCCUACAGACUACAAUCCUGCAUUAGCUGCAGCACUUGGUCCUAGCCAACCAAGUCCUCAUCUCAACUUAUCUGCUGUUGGGCUCACACCAGGUUUAAUUGGUGGAGCAGAGGGUCCUGAUCGUAUCUUUGUUGGUGGACUACCAUACUACUUUACUGAAGCACAGAUAAGAGAAUUGCUACAGGCCUUUGGACCUCUCCGUGGGUUCGAUCUUGUUAAGGAUAAAGACACAGGAGUCUCUAAAGGAUAUGGUUUCUGCGUCUAUCAGGAUCCAGCUGUGACAGACAUUGCUUGUGCUGCUCUUACUGGCUUGAAAAUGGGUGAUAAAAUCCUAACGGUCAGGCGUGCUACUGCCAGCUUGGGGCAGUCCAAAACAGAACAGGAAAUGAUCUUAGCACAGGCACAACAGCAUAUAACUAUGCACAAAAUGGCUUUGAUAGCUGGUGGUUUGAAUCUUCCUGGGGUAGCACCAGUAGCAAAUGCAGAACCUGCAACUAAAGUUUUAUGCUUGACUGAGGCAAUUACUGUGGAGCAACUGAGGAAUGAUCAAGAGUAUGAAGAAAUCUCCGAAGACAUGCGGGAUGAAUGCAGCAAAUUUGGAACUUUGGUGGGCAUCAUUAUUCCUCGUCCAGAUCAAAAUGGAGACUGGAUCCCAGGUGUUGGAAAGGUGUUCUUGGAGUAUUCUGAUAUCUCUGGUUGUGCUAAUGCAAGGAAUGCACUGAAUGGGAGGAAAUUUGGAGGCAAUGUAGUGAGUGCCGUUUAUUAUCCAGAAGACAAAUAUUAUAUCAAAGAUUAUGGGGCUUAAGUAUCACAAUGUCAACUAGUUUGCUUUUACUGAGAUAACUUAUAGACAAUGGUUAAAGUGUAGAGACAGCAUGUCAUAACCUUUGAUUUUGUUUAUUUUUCGUAUUUGGGUCAGGCCUUUCCUGUAGAAUUAAGGCUUUGCCUACUUUUCCGGGUAAAUUGUAGCUACACAUCAUGUAUGUAAGCCGUCAUAGAGAUUAGCUGCACAUGCUGUAUCUAUACGAGGGCAUACCUUACUGUGUUCUUAUACACCAAAAUGAACAGUAUCAUUGGAGUUGCUUAUUUUCUUUAUCAGUUUCAAUUUAACUCUACUUUUGUGUAAUUGUCAAAAUUUGGAAAUUUCGACGAAAGCAUAUGAAUAAUAAAUCUUGUGACUUAA